UCCUGAUUUGAACAAAAUAACAGAAGAAAUGAAUAAAGUUCACUUGGGAACUAAAAUUCUUACAAAAACAUAGUUUGUUCCAUUUAGUUACCAAGUGAUGGAAUGAGCCCCGGUUAGUCUAAGCCAUAAUCUAAAAAAAGGAUGCAGACAGACAUCCGUGAGUUCAUUUAUUUCACUGGCUGCAUCCUUAUAUUUCAGCUUACUAUAGAUGUAACAGGAGUCCCGCUUGUGGACUCAAAUAUAAAACAGACUGCAUUCAGAUGUAGCUUAAAACAGUCCUGGAGCUUCAGCCCUGAUCGCUGCUGAAGCGGACUGUGGAUGUAAGGUGUGUUGUGAAACGGUCGGUGUACAUGUAUGACUCAGUGGGACACUCAGCACCUCAUGGCGUCCUGAAGACCAGCUGUUGUUAUUUUUAAUCCCCAGGGCUAUGUUUCACAGUAGCAGAGCAGCCCCAUCCACCCAAAGCACAGAAGAUAGGGUCGCCACUUCUGAACAGGUAUAAGUCUCACAGACGUGAUCAUACCAGUCAGUGAUGAUCCUGCUCUUACACGAAAACACCCAGACAAAAUGUCUUAGAUGUUGCUUCAGCUGAAGGGGAACAAAAACAAUAGCCUGGGGCUGAUUAAAUAUAAAUGUGGAACUGAGACACUGAAAGGGAAUGAUACAAUGUUAACAACUGCCAGUGCUGUCAAAGUUUCCAGAGCUGCUUGUAUUUCCUAGUUUUUACAAUGACAAGAAAUCUAAUUCAGUGUCAUAUUGAUUUAUUUAUCAAAAACAGAAAGGCAUCAAAGAGUCUUUAAAAAACAUGAUGGUGAAGAUGCUGUCUAUGAUAUGUUUGUGCUUGAUAUACAUGAAGUGUUUAAAAAGAAAAACUGUUACUGUAAAUAAAUUAGGUCAAACACUUCACAAAGAAAAGUAAUAAGAUCUGGCAAAAUAAUCCAGAACAUACCUUCAAGUGAUGUGUUCCUCUGAAUGCUCUCUCCUGGCUUUGUGUGUCCAGGUUUGUUUAGUUUCAGUAAGAACCAAGCAAAAAGCAGCUUCUCUUUCCAGAAGAGCAGCCGUAUUGGUCAGACGGUUGGAAGGAUCUCUCAAGCUCAGGGUCCAAUGGCGUACUGCCUCUGCAGUGGCCCGCUGUCCCAUCUGUCCCGGUCCCUAACUGCUCACUGUGUGUGGCUAUAUUUGGCCCCGGGCUCAGGUUUCACAGCCAGAAUACUGGCUCGAGGAGAGAGAGUGCAUCGAGAUAGUCCUGGGCAACAGAAGGUGGCGGUGACAUUUUUAUACUGAACAAGUGCUUGUUAAUUAAACGUGAUAAACACAGGCUAUUUCAAUGCUUGAAACCACGAACCUCUUCAAGCGUAUGCAAACAGGACUCACAGUGCUGGGAGACUGUCUGCACUGAUAACACUUGCACAAAAAAGUGUUCAAUCAAGAUGUAAUUUACAGGAUUUGCUGUCACUCUCUGACUGCGUUAGUUAAGACGUUCACGAUGGCAGUGAGGCUGACAGCAGGUCAGCGUUGCCACUGCUGUUGUGUCCAGCUGAGAUGACCCUUUGCUCUCGGACCAGUCAGUCAUCUGUUUCAGCUACAAGUACAUUAUCCAAAAUGUUGUCGUUAAUUGGUUCAGCACCAUUUCAAUAAAAACCAGUACUGCACUCAUAGCAGUUAAAGGGUUUAUAUAAUAGCAAUCUCUAAUAUUUGUAGCUUUCUACCCAGCCUAAAAUUAGUUGCACCAAAUUUUGGGAUUUUAAUAAGAAUCGGUUGGCUCAGAUCACACCAUAACAGUGACUUAUAAAAGAAGCAGACAGUUGAAGACCAUGCAGCCUCACUUGGUCUAUUUAGAGGUCACUAUCACAUUUUGUGCUCUCAGAGCUAUUCUGGUUCAUCAUCAAUCUACUGAUUACAGUUGAGUGCCAGUGAUAAGUCCAGAAGGAAUUUCCACUGUAAUAACUGCAUCAUGCACAACAACUAAUGAGCCCUCCUCAUUAGUUACCCCCCUAUUAGCACUACCUCUGUGCAUGAGGAUUGUUUAUUUUUUUACAAUUUUUUAAAGAGAGGAUUUCUCAAUAUAAACUCCAGACUAAUGCUUGUGGUGUCCCGUGUAAGAAUAGUCCUGGAACAUUUCCAGUGUUCCUUUAUAUCACAUGCAUGUACAAUAACACGUGCGUCAAUCUCAAAUCAUGCAGUGAUAGUGCUUGUGUUGACAAGUAUUAGGUAUAUGCACAGAGCACUUCAGUUUAGUUUUGCACUGCUGCAAACUGUCUGAUGAACCUUAUUUGCUAAUAAUAGAUAACAAUUAAAAUUACUUUUAAAAUAUCACUGCAAUCACUAGGAUAUGAGAGCUGGUAAAACUAUUGUCCUUUCUUCUCAUUGUACUAUCUUGUCACUCCUUCAUCAAACUCCUAUUUGCAGGAGAAGUGCCUGAAUGAUCUUCACCUGAAUCAGUCUUGACAGAAACAUGAUAGCUGUUUGGUGUCUUCAUGGUGCUAGUUCAUUUCAACUGUGUUGCUGCUGAUUCUUCUCAUUGUCAAUAAGUCAGAAAUUCCCUGAAAACUGGUAAGGAAGUGUGUUUUCUCAAUGGAUGUUGGAAUUCCGAAGUCUCACCUAUAUCCACUGCAUUUUCAUGGAAUGGGUGAAUUGAACGAAUUAAUUUUUGUCACACUGGAACUUUUUGAAACAAGAUUGGUCCCAUGGGUCUCUUUAGAAAAAAAAAAUUGUAUGUGGAUUUUCUGUUAAAAAAAACUAUUUUAAACAUUUUUCAUAUUUUCAACUUGAACUCUAAAUCUAAAUAUUGGGUGUUUAAAUUCAAGAUUAAAAAAGGAAAAGUAAAAUGAUGCAAAUCCAGACAAACAACCUUUUAAAAAAAAUCAGCAAGGGGCCAAAUUAAAAGAGAGGUGUGUAGCCAGAGAAGCUAUAGCUAUAUUGUAGCUAAAUCAAAUUUGUCCACUGGCUCAAAAUUUUGAAUUGUAAAAAUGCCUCCUCCACUGUAUAUUGGCAAGUGUCAUUCAAUUUUAUUUAUUUAUUUAUUUAUUUAUUUAUUUAUUCAUCCAUUUAUUUUUUUAUAGAUCAUCUAGUAUCAUGUUUGCCACCUGGCUCAGUGGCCUCUGGUUUGCUAUGUUAGCAAAGGUGUGAACUUUGUUGCUGGAACUCCAUUUCAUUAUCAGGGUUAAUUUGUUUAUUCUGAAGUGCAUGCUCCAGCUGACAAACACAAAACCUGCCCAUAUAUGGUAACAUGAAAGUGCAAUCUCUUUUGAAUAUUAAUGAGCAAAAUAAAGUGUAGCAGAGAUUUCUUGAACUCUCCAGGGGGUUCAACAAAGUGACACAGCUGAGAAGUUUAGAGACUUGAAUUAUAUGAACACAAAUUCAGCAAGCAGUUAGGUAAUGAUGUCAAGUUAUUUAGAGGCAUUACGUCCUUACCAUGUUUUGGGUUUAUAGUUGCCUUUGCACCUUAAAUCUAGGCGACUCUUGGAUUCAGGUGUGCUCCAGAAGAGGGACAGGUCUGCUCACUGGCUGGAUGGAAGCAGAUAUAGUAGAUGUCAAACAAGUUACUUACUAAUUAGCCUCAUUAAUGUUUUUUUUUUUUUUUUUUGUAUCGGGAGGAGAACCAGAGUUAAUCCAGUUAGCAUACAGUGACUGCAUGGUUUGGACUCCAACCAAUAACCCUGCCUCCCUAAGUUCCAACAAGAUGAAUGCCUUCAGGCAAGUAGGGGAAAAGCAACUUCCUAAUACUGUGCUGUGCAUGGCAUGGUCUCCCAAGAAAGAUCUGAUUGCUCUGGCCAACACAGCAGGAGAGUUGCACCUUCAUCGCUUGGGUGGCUUGCCACGUGUUUGGAGCCUCCCAACAAGUGAAUACCCUGGAGAAGAGAUCACUGCAAUUGCCUGGAGACCGGAUGGCAAAAUAUUGGCAUUUAGUGUGGAAGACACCAAGCAGGUGGUCCUGUGUGGAGUUGAGAAAGCAGAAAUCCUCCAUGUGUUUCCGGUUCAGUUUUCUGUGACUUGCAUGCACUGGAUGGAGGUGACGGAAGAAAGCAAUGACCUCAGCUCUUUUUACAACACAGAGGAUGAAUCUAAGGUGUUUCUUCCAAAGUUACCAACACUGCCCAAGAGCUAUAGCACAGCUUCAAAGAUUUUCAGUGAAGAAAAGUCAGACAAGAUGCUCAAUCUCUUGGGAGAAAUCAGACUGAACAUUCUUGUUCUUGGAGGAAAAGAUGGCAUUUUGGAGCUUUACGCCUACGGGAUGUGCAAGAUUGCAACUGUCAAUGUGGUUCCAGGGUUUUGUCGCAGCCUGAGUCUGUCCAGUGAUCUGAAGUCUCUCUCUAUCAUCGCAGUAGUCUGUACUGUUAAAGGCAAAGAGGUCUGCUACAUUCAGCUGGACACUGGAUUGUUGUCUGAUUAUCUUCCGGAAGUCACUCGGAUGGCACGCAAGUUCACCCACAUCUCCACCUCGCUGCAGUAUUUGAACCUCUCAUUGACUUGCAUGUGUGAAGCCUGGGAGGACAUCCUCACCCAGAUGGAUCUGAGACUCACCAAGUUUGUACAGGAAAAGAACACAAGUACACAAGUUCAGGAUGAGUUUCUGGAGCUCCUGCUGUUUGGAAAAUCCAGUCCAGAACUUCAGACUCUUCUCAUGAACCAGCUGACUGUGAAGGGUCUGAAAAAGCUUGGCCUGUCCAUCGAGUCAUCUUACUGCAGCAUCCAGAAGCUAGUGAUCAGUCACCUGCUGAGCGGUGCAGAGGCUCUGUUGUAUCACCUCAGUGAGGUGAAAGGGAUGUCCCUCUGGAAACAAAAGUUUGAGGCCCUUGGUUUGAAGUCAGCGGCAAUAGAAGAGGCCAUCACAGCUGUGGGCUCCUUUUCUCUCAAAGCUAAUGAGCUUCUGCAGGUGAUUGACAAGAGCAUGAGGAAUUUCAAAGCCUUUUUUAGGUGGCUAUACGUGGCGAUGUUGAGAAUUUCCGAGGAGCACGUGCCUCCAGAACUCAACAAGAUGACCCAGAAGGACAUUUCAUUUGUUGCUGACUUCUUGUCUGAGCAUUUCAGUGAGAAUAAGGAACUCUUCCUUCGUAAAGGAAAGUACUUCAACAUUGAACGAGUUGGCCAAUAUUUGAAGGACAAGGAUGAGAAUCUUGUUUCUCCGCCCGAUGCGACAGGAAACCAGUGGCUGGAAUUCUUGAAGAAUACUUGCAAAGAUGGGAGUCCUUUGCUGUUUCCUUCAUAUCCACAAAAGUCGGUCCAGUUUGUGAAGAGGCUGAUGGAGAUGGUGAUUGAGGAUUGCCUUGAGAACCCUGCAAAUGUAAUUGGCAAGUCUGUAAAAGUUGCUGCCUUUGUGCCACUGUACGCCAUCCCAGAGAGUUCCGAGAAGACGCAACAUUUUGAACUUCCAUCUUUAUGGAAUGACAAAAAAGCCCAAAUGCACUACGCCGUUUUCUGCAUGCCAGAGAUUUGCCCCUGCAAGCUUUUCAUCAUGCGGCGGGGAACUGACCCAAGCAGGGAAAUUUCAAACAGCGUCAUGUCAGUCAACCUCAGCCACCAGUAUGGCUUUGGAGAUGGUGAAGUUGCUGAAGCCCAACCCCUGGACGCUCGCUUUUAUGACGAUGAAACGCUCACUGUGGUCUUUGAAGGACUGAGGGAACAGAAAAGCCACCGGGUGCUGGCUCAGCUGCCUUUCGCUUCCAUUCUGAGUAGCAGCGAGACUAAAUUCAACUGGGACUCCAACCUGAGGUUGGACCAACAGAGCGAGGCCAUCCCUUCCCAAAGUCUGGUGUUGGGGAAUCAGUGGCGUGAUCUUGAGAACAUAAAGGCUCAGUAUGUCGCUGUCAAUGGAAACCGCAAAGUGGCCUGCGUGGUCAGUGCCAAUCUGAGGCACAUCCGUGUUUUUGAGAUGGACAUAGAAGAGGACGAUGAAGGAGGUGACGUUCAUAAUGCCAGCGCCGACAUGGACGUGCUGGAAGGUUCCUCAGCCAUCCAGAGGGCGGUGGAGGAGGGCAAAGGUGAAGCUGUGGAGGAGAGUGGACACUCUGCUCUGAACCCGGAAACGCAGCUGGAGUCAGAAGAGGCUUUGGAGCUCUCCUGAGUCUGAGACAUCUGGACAUUCAAAAGGAAACUGGGCGCCAAGUCUAAUUUUCCUUUUUGAUUUUAAAGUACUUGUAGACAUACAGCUCUUUGCUCAUACAAGACUUUGUUGUGUAUUUAGUUUUUGGAAUAUUUUUAAGUUUUUUAAUUUUUAACAAUGUACUAAAGUGCCCGCUAGAUUUUUACUAAAGCCUACUAGGAGAAGUAAUUAUGGACCAAGGUCUCCUUUGUUCUUUUAGUGUUUUUUCAUCCUUCUUGGUUAUUAUUACCAUGCGUAAAGAAACCCCAAUUUGACCCCCUAAACUUGCAUGAAAACUCAGAAAAAUUGGCAGGUACAUCCAGACUGGUGAAACAUUAGAUAAAAUGGAAGAAUGAACCCCUUAACCCCAUCUGCUCUCUAGUGCACCUAAAAACAGUGAAAUACCCGCCACGGCCCGUCGGAAUGUCGUAGAGAGAUCAAACCAAUGUUCACACGUUCAUCUCGUCAAGAUAUCAAAUUCAUGUAUUGACACCCCUGACCUAAAUCCAACAGGAAGUCCGCUAUUUCCCUUUCAAUGUAAAAUUUCGCUCAAAACAUCUCGCCUUUUUCAUAAACCGAGGCUUCUUCUGUCAAAACUAUAAGUGUGACUGCUCUGAAAACCUCGGGACUGAAAGACAACUAAAUUCCCUAUCAAAUGAGACCAUUUUUGUUCACUUUGGCCCACAGGAAUGGAUUCUGGAGCAGUUUUUUACCAAAGAGAAACUGUUUUUCUUUUCCCUGUCACACUCUGACGACUUGUGACCUAUGUAACCAUAUCUGGGCAUAGAGCUGCUCUUACUGACCUGAGACCAGCUGUCAAGCAUUCUGCAUGUUGUACUUGGUUUCCGCAGCAGGUGGCGCAAAGUGACAAUGAAUCACACAUGACUGAAGCAAGAAUGCCACAGCAGCAGCCCGUGACUGGCUUCCAUGCUUAAAGCUGGUGUCAGGAGUUUUGAAAGAGGGAGGGUUUUUUUUAAAUCCAACAUCUCAGGUUCCGCCCUCCCUCUGCUUUCAUAAGCGACCAAGCCACGCCCCUUUAAUUGUGCACGCUAUUAUCCGUCGGGUGAAAAUGAGAG